GGCAACGCUGGCGUUGGCUUAUCUCUUCUUAUCGUCGUCAUUACUCUAUUGGUAGCUCUAGUUCCAGUCCUUUCAGCUAUUGGUGUUUGUGAGCGAUGUCACGUGGGCAAUGGUGGUGUUUACUUCUUGUUGUCACAUGUCCUUGGUCAGCGGGCUGGUGGCGCUGUAGGUGUUAUAUAUGCCUUUGGACAGGCUGUUAGCAUUUCAUUGUUCUGUGCGGGUCUUGGAGAAUCUCUCGCCCAGUCUGCUCACUGGGACGCGGCCUGGGCUGUCCGAGUAAUUGGACUAUCAACAGCCUUUCUUAUGUUGUUAGUAGUUYUAGCGGGCGUCAAGUGGGUUGUUAAGCUGCAACUGCUUUUGCUUGCUAUCAUCAUGCUGUCAGUGUUGGACUUUAUGAUUGGAACUUUUGCACACACAGAUGAAGCUGCUGGUUUUACUGGUUACAAGACUGACAACAUGGAGAAAAACGCUGCACCAGCCUUCACGAAAGGACAGAACUUCUUCACYGUAUUCGGUGUUUUCUUUCCAAGUGCGACUGGCGUUUUAUCGGGAAUCAAUAUGAGCGGUGAUUUGAAGGAUCCUUCGUCUAAUAUACCAGCAGGAACGCUGGCUGCUUUGGGAUUUAGAGGACCUAACAAGGAACCUUACAUCGCUGCUCUCUUUGUUGCCGUCAUCGCGAUGCUGUUUAUCCUGGUUGGCAACCUGAACGCUCUCGCWCCWAUCGUUACCAUGCCCUUUCUUGUGACUUACGCCGCGGUGGACUAYGCCUACUUCAAGCUUGCMAUGAGCUACGAUAUCAAACAACAACAAAAGUUACUUGACCAAGCGAGACGAGAGGCUCGGCACCAGGCUUCUCAGGGAGAGCAAUUACCAACAACUAAACUGAAAGAUGACGAUAACUUUACAAAGAUAAGUUAUGGAACAGGGAACGGGGACUCGGGAWYUGGARUGACGCUKGAGAAAACUGAGAAGGAUGAYUCGAUGGAGCAAGAGAAUUCUGACAARGAUAAGGUGGACGAAAGAAGAGUGGCARUCGAAGCGAAGGCUCCUAGAGUUGAUACAGCUCACGUCGAGGAGGAAACAGACGGCACCUUGAAGCCAACCAAUUACGGAGAUAGCGACACCACGUUUUUGCUGGGAAAUGAAAACGAGGAAAUGAAACAUAUUCAUAUUUCAACUAAAGAAAGAGAACUCAAAAAGUCUUAUAGCGAGGAACACCAGAUCGAAUGGGAGAUCGUAAAACAGCCUUCUUCCUAUUACUCUGAUCUGUGCAAUCGAUGGGUGUCGUUGGCAGGGAUGAUUAUUAGUAUUUUAAUAAUGUUUCUUAUUCACUGGGGUUAUGCACUUGCAAACAUCUCGUUAACGUUGAUAGUUUAUAUCUAUAUUGGACAAGCCAAUCCAAGCUUAUCUCAAGGUAUCGCAGCUGAUUUUAGCUUUUUACGAUGGAUUCAAUCUUUAUGGGAAAGACUAACAAGGAAAACGCCGGUAAAGCAGCAAUACGUAGUCACGCAAUCUGGUAUCCCGUACGGCGUAUCAACAUAUCAAGUCACAGARGACAACUCAGACUUCGCGUAUCGUGACCGAGUUCACCAGUCAUCAGUUAUAACAUCACUGGCCCCAUAACAUUCCCUGAAGUACACCAUACUAGGGUUGAUUURUYUAAACCUCACUGAGGGUGGUCGCUAUAUUAGAGGUUUAUUAAUACCAAGUAUUGGUUGAUUUCUGUGAGGUCUGUCGGCAAGUUAUACUUCUUGAAGAAAUGAGAAUUCUGGGAAAGAUGAUCUCCUUCGGGACUUUUAGACACUAUUAAUUGAAGAUGGGGUCCGGAUCGACUUUCGUUACGUUAUUUCUUUGCAGUUGGCUUCAUAGAGGUGGACGGAUUAUAAAGAAUUUGAAUCAUAGGUUUGUUAUAUAUGUCUAUAAGACAUGGUCGGUUUCUGGGGUGUUAAGACGAGGGAUUAGUUAUUGGUAUUAGAUGUUCUAUAUCAUUUAAUCUUAUCAAAGCUCAGGGSCGUGUGCAGGGGUUUCGUGAAGGUGGUUCAAGAUUUUUCAAGAUUGGUAAAUAUUAGGCAAUUGACUGAAAAAUUGGGCAAGUACUGUUUAGGAUUCACUAUGAAUAAACUGUUGGAUCAUCUGAAAAUGUUGAUUUGGAARUAAAGUCUCACAUAAAGACUUCUUCAGACAAGAAAGAGGGGUUCUGAAACACCUGGAACCACCCCCUGAACAUGCCCCCCUGAUGUCUGCAAGGCCAAUUAUUAAUUUGGAAUCGGUUUUCCCUAUGCAGAGGUUGUUGCACAAUCAUCUAAUGGGACAAUUGCAUUGAAUAAAAUUAGGAAGAGAUAAAAUAAUUUAUUAUUAUUUGCAUGAAAGGAUUAUGAUUAUAUCAAAUAUAUAAAAAAUAUUGACUGAAAAAAACUAUUAUUUUCCACAAGUGAACAAAUUUUGCUUUAAAAUAUUGUGUAAUAUUUAUUUUUAAGAUACAUUAUGAUAAUUAAGAAAAUUGGCUAGAUUUCCAACGUGUUAGCUGUCAAUCAAGAGUUGUUCAGGUACAUUGAAUAAUUAUUGGUACACUUCCCUGAUCAAUGUAAUAUUUAGGGGGGAGGGGUACAGGUUUCUGACAUGUUGAUUAAGAUAGAGUCAAUGCUUAUCACUGGCAUGGGUCUUACCUGCAGGAAAAAAACAGUUGACAUGGGAUACACAUAAUAUUAACUUAUGACAGGCAGUUUUUGUACAGAAAUUACAAAUAAAUGUGGGUUCCCUGUGUUUGGCUCUCUUUGAGUUCAAGAAGGUAUUCUGACAAACUACAUCAUAAAUAUCAUUAAAAAAUGUACAAAAUAUUAAGAGGGCAAAGCGUGGUAUAUAAGGACAGCAAGACUAAUACUCGUGUAUGAUAGAAUAUGGUGUAUAUAUAGGGUUAUUUAUUAAGAGACACUGCAAUAUAUUAUGUUCAUUUAGAAAAAGACUUAACUUUGAAAUCCUUUCAUGAUGGGAACAAAUAAUUGUCAUGUGACUUGGUAUCGAAAAAAUCAAGGAGAAUUUUCUAGUUUAUGUUGUUUGUAGAGAGUCUGGUGGCCUUCUGAGCUUAUAGUUAUAAUAUAUUAGUUAGAGAGGAUGCACUAAAUCUGUGGAAAAAAWUUACUUAAAAUAUACAUGGGUCUGGUUGUAUUAAGUGUGAAUUAAGCAAUAUCSACCGGAUAAAGCCUUUAAUAUCCAGUGGAUAAAAUCCAUACUAAACCUAAGGAUAACUAUAUAUUAUCCACCUUUUGUACAACUGAACCCAGUAUAAUAGAAAACAAAGUUAUUAACAAAAUCUAUCACCUAUUUCAAAAUAUUUGUGUUUCAUGGAUUAAGUUAGCCUGAGUUCAUCCAGCGUUUAUCUGUAAUUUUGAAAAUAAACCGGAUGUACGCAGGCUAGGAUUAAGUUUGCUCUCUCUAUAACUGAAAUGCUUAAUUCAUAAGUACUAUUAUAAUCAAAUAAUACAUGUAAUAAUAAUUAUUACUGUUUGAGUUAGAUGUCAAGUCAUUCUAAAAAAGAGCUUUAUUUAUGCUCAAAUAUUUUUUGAAAGGAGAAAAUUUUCAGGAUCUACARUUUAAUUAUUUUUUAAAGUUUUUUAAUUGUUUCACUUUUUUGGGGAAAAUAAUUAAAACAAAACGUCAAAAGCUAAAACGUCAGAUGUCAAUACAAUAUAAUUAAUAUAAUAUUGAAAAAUUAAUUUUGAAAUGGUAUUUUAAGGGUGCAAUACAGCACAUAUUUGUGGAACAAUUUGUUAUCAAUUUCGUUUUGAAUAAUAAUAGAAUUUGCCGAACUAGACACAAUGGCUGAUAAACAAAAUAAUGAAAAAAACAAAAUGUCUUAAAUUGAAUGUCUUCAUUUACUGUUUAUGCUUUAUUUCUUAGUUGAUAACCAAAGAGAAACAUACUAUUUUAGGGUUCUCAGUAGAAAUGAAAGUAGACUUCAAAAUAUGAAAAGUACCUGUCAAAAUAAGAAAAGUACAGCCAAGUAAUUUACGAAUGAAUUCGUAAGUAGUCAGCGAUUAACUACCGGUAAGCUAUAUUGGUGAUUUUCGUCAGUUUCUACUGAGAACCCAGUUCCUAGCGCUAUAAAUAGUCAGAAUUGUUUCACACUUUUGUGGUUUAAUGCACUCACUACUUUUUAUUACUUUUUAAUUGCAAUAAAGCGCAAAAUUAACAUAGCAAAUUAGAGUGUUUAGUACCCUGUUAGCAGUCAUCUGUCAAUUUUCGAGGAUAUAUAAUUUUUUUCAGSUAGGAUCAGUUAGCAAGAAAACAACAGUUGAUAAUCUGCAAAUUGUCACAAAUGUUCACAAAGGUUAGGUAUAUUUAAGUUUGAAAUAACUUGAUGUAAAUGGGAAAAACUCAAAAUUAAAUAAAAAAACAUAAACAAGAA